CACCGGGGGUGCUCAAGGGAUGGCCAGAGGAAAGCUUACUUGUCACUGAUCCCUCCUUUCAGCCAAAGACUGCAGUUUACAUUUGGCAGCAGUAUUUUUUUUAUAUUUUUUGUGCCGGGAGGGAUGAAUGUGUCAUAAACACGGAGGAUUUGCAGAGGCCAGUGGGUGCGCGUUUUAACAAAGCGAUGAGGCCAAUGCACUUUGCAAGAGUUGCGCUGCAGAGAGCCUCCUCGGAUCUCACGACCUGUUGCGGACAAGCUUGGGAAUAAGGAGAGGGAGACGGAGAAGUUUGGGAAGCCGCGCCGAGUCGCUCGGCAGAGACGGAGGGAAGCGCCUUGGACGGAGUCUUCGCGGAGGAAAUCAUGCAUCUUGCAAUCUGGCUGGUUGGACUAACGUGUCAUUUAUCAGCACUGGUCAGGGAGACUCUACAGUACCGAUUGCAUCCGAAACAAGAAAGCUUCAUAAAGCAGCUGUCAUCCUAUGAAAUCAUCACACCGCUCAGAGUCAAUGACUUCGGAGAAUCAUUCCCCCACAAUCUGCACUACAGAAGGAGGCGCAGGAGUUUAAAUGAUGACCUGUCGGGAUUGCGGCUUCUCUACAGGAUCGACGCGUUUGGGGAACGUUUCCAUCUCAACCUGAGCGCAGACUCCAGCUUCAUUGCGCCCUCUUACUCGGUGACACACUUGGGAGCGGAGGGGAGCAGCUACACCGACACGAACUUCCACGACCCCGGCGAUAUGCGGCACUGCUUCUUCCGCGGGCACGUCGACUCGAAGAGCGAGCACCCCGCUGUGUUCAGUCUGUGCACUGGCCUGGUUGGAACAUUUACGACACAGCAUGCUGAAUACUUCUUGGAGCCUCUUUUGAAUGCAUCUGGGGAGGAAUACAAUGAAGAGCACAACAAACCACAUCUAGUAUAUCGACAUGAGAGGAGAAGGAACACCUCACACACUGAUGAACCCUGUGCUGCCUCAGAAAACUCAGACGGACCGGCCACAUUCAAGACCAGAGGAGGUAUUGUUGAGGAGGUGGAUUCUCUCAGAGCGACCAUAAAUCAGCAUCACCUCGAUGAAAAGAACGCUACACACAACAGCAUGUCUACCCCUCGGAGGCGCAAACGCUUCCUCUCCUACCCUCGCUACGUUGAGCUGAUGGUGACGGCGGACGCCAAAAUGGCCCGUCACCAUGGACGCAACCUGGAGCACUACAUCUUAACAAUCAUGUCAGUAGUAGCAGCAAUAUACAGGGACCCCAGUGUAGGAAACCUUAUUAACAUCAUGAUCGUCAAGCUGGUCGUCAUCCACAAUGAGCAGGAGGGGCCCACUGUGAGCUUCAACGCUGCCACCACGCUCCACAACUUCUGUGUCUGGCAGCAGGGCCAAAAUGUCCAGGACGACAACCAUCCUUCUCACCACGACACAGCACUUCUCAUCACCAGGGAAGAUAUUUGCCGUGCAAAAGAUAAAUGUGACACUUUAGGGCUUGCAGAGCUUGGCACCAUGUGUGACCCAUUUCGCAGCUGUUCCAUCAGUGAAGAAAAUGGAAUUAGUGCCUCCUUUACCAUCGCUCAUGAGCUGGGCCAUGUGUAAGUUGCAGUUCAGAGCCUGAAACAA